AUGGGUCGUUCACGUAGCACCCAGGAUGAUAUUGAAUCGAAUUGCGACGAAGAGCCAUCGUCUUGGCGCGAGUGGGCGACGAUUAUAAGCUGGUGUGUACUGGGGUACUUGUGCCUCAUUCUGAUUGUGAUUGGUUAUUUUGACCCAUCACUCUUGCCAAUCGAUCCAUCGGCCCUGGUGUUCAACAAGGGUAUUUCCCCGUUUUUUGCCUUCUCGCGUGGAUCGGAGCAUUUUCCGAAACCGCAUGGCUUUAAGAUUGUUGCACUAGUGCCUUUCAGGUAUCACGAGCGUACAGAAAUUCUUGAUUGCUAUUUGCAGAAAAAUCUAGUCCACAAUCAUGGUUUUCUUGACCAGGUCGUUUUUGUGCCUCAGACACACGAUACCGUUAGUCUGGAAUGGCUAAGAUCCACAGUAAUGGAGACCCCUGGGUAUGCUAUAGCUCCACCUGGUCAGGACAUGGACUGGAAAAUCACUCGGGACAACGUUAUGUACAUUCGCAUUGAUGGAGAUGUCGUCUUUUUGGAAGAUCAUACCAUUCCCACGAUUGUGAAAACCAAGUUGGAUAACCCCAACUCGCUGAUGGUCUCCGCCAAUGUUGUGAAUGAGGCUGCCCUUGCAACACUACAUAGCCAUACCGGCGUUGCUCUUCCGUACCUACCGGAGCUACAUCAUGUCGAGCAGCCGUCUCGAUCCAAAUCCCAGCUCAGCCAUGGGUGGCGGGCCUCAAGCUUGCCCGCAUGGCAAGGGCCAGCAAGCUUUCGAGUUCAAAAGGGAUUCAAACCACCAUUCGAGGGUCACCGAUGGUUGUUGCCCGCCGAUCCAGGUCCUGAUCGAGAUCCUAUCGCGGCGUCGGUAUACACGGAAACUGGACCGACUCUAGAAGACUGGACGGUUGCUGCCCAGCAACAUUACUCGUUUCUUCACCAUCUUGAAUUGAAACAUUUGAAGUUGUACAAAUUUCCUCUUUGGGCAGAUCCCACCGAGCCGAUCAGCCAAAAUUUCGGAUGUUUCUGGGGGAAAGAUGCGUUGGCUCUUCGUGAGAUUUUCGAGCGCAAUCCCACCAAUAACGAACUUCAAAAGCCAUGGAUUGGAGUCAAUGGCACCAGACCGCAUGUCAAAAUUGAUGGAAAGGGUCUUGCCUCCCAUUACUCUGCCAGUUCAGGAACUGAGGGUCUAGAUUCAACUGAUGUCUUGGACCGCUAUCGAGCAUAUGCCCAAGAGAAAGUCUGUCGAUAUACAUCGUGA